GUCGAUAGUCUCCAAGGUGACAGAAACGAUCCGCUCGAACGCGCCCUUUUGCUUUAGUGGUCACGUGACUUUUGUUGACACACGAGCGCACCGGAGGAGUAAGACCGGUUUUUUUUGUUUGUUGCGGUUUGUUUCCUGUAUCUACCAAAAGUAUUUACGUGGAACUCAAGCAUACGGUUCUUUGUGAUAGUUACGUAGCCAUUUGAACAAUAGUGAACAUCUGAAAACAGCUGCUGACUUGGCCGAUCCCGUCCAAUCUGUCCCAGUGCUAAUGCUAGCUAGCUAGCGCUGUGCUCUUAUCUUUUGUAUCGUUUCGGCUGCAGUCACCUUCUCCGACAUGGCCUCGCCUGCACCUGGAGCGGGAUUUCAGAACAAGAACCGUGUUGCCAUUUUGGCUGAACUGGACAAGGAGAAGAGACGCUUGAUACAAAACUCCUCCAUGAAUAACCCUGGAGCCAGCAUCCCUCUCUCCAGACCAGCCCUGAAUAAAGACUUCAGAGACCACGCGGAGCAGCAGCACAUCGCUGCCCAGCAGAAAGCAGCUCUGCAGCACGCACAUGCUCACUCUUCUGGAUUCUUCAUCACUCAAGACUCCUCCUUCGGGAACCUCAUCCUCCCAGUGCUGCCACGACUAGACCCACCUCCUCCAGCAGAAUAACAGACCCUUAGGAAGGAAACAGCAGAAAGAGCUAAAAGCAGCACCUGUUGGGUGUUGACGAAUGGCAGCGGGCCACAGAUCAUCGGCCGUCAUUUUCUGUUCAUUUUCCAAUUAUUCUGUUGAAUUGCCACCGUUCGUCCACACCUAGCAGGUAAUUUACUGCGCAUGGCCGGCGUUCGUUCUGGUGUUUCCUCCCUAACAGACAUAGUGACAAUACAGAGACUCUUUGUUACGAGUUGCUCUCUAGGACUUUUUGAAGAAGGUCUCGGAUUGUUUGUUGAAGCUGAGGGUCAUAUUAUUUCUGUCUAUUUUUGGUAUGGUGCACCGUACAUUAUGUGGUUUUGAAAGAAGUCAGACAAUGUAGUUUUUGUAACAUUUUUUAUAAAUUAAGGCCUAAUCAAAUAAAGAUGAAGUCAACAACA